CAGUGUCACAUACAGCUGUGGAGGCCGUCGGGCGUCGAUAUAUAUACGAUACUUACACGCCGUCCUUUUUUGCACAUAUAUACAUAUACUCUCUGCUAGUGACUAUAGUCCGGACCGCUGCGUCUUGCGGAGCAUAAACAAAAAUACGAACGUCUCUCGUCUCGUGGGAGAGUAGGUACUUUAGUAAAUAAUUCGUCGUCUGACGUGCGACGCUGCACGAAAAUUGAUGAAAGAUAUUCAUUAUUCAGUCGAUCGCCGUUGUUACCAGCUGCAGUUGCCGACUUGUAUAUUGAUAACCGAAACGUUAUAACAUGGAAACCGCAAAAAAUUUAGAGCAGUGCGAAGAAUGGAGAAAACGAGCAUUCCUUGGGCCUCUACCACCAAGUUUUUUAAGGAUAGAGAACACAUGGAGUGGAAAUCAGCAAGAAGAAGCAGAUCGACAGGCUGCUUUUGCCUUACAACAAAUGCAGAAUCAAACAAUGUCGUUGAUGGGCAGACUCACAAUAACAGUAGUGCAGGCAAAACUUAUAAAAAAUUAUGGAUUUACCAACAUGGACCCCUAUGUUCGAUUGCGAGUUGGUCACACAAUUUAUGAAACACAUACAGACAGGAAAGGUGGAAAAAAUCCACACUGGAACAAAGUCAUUCAAGUCUUCCUACCUCCUGGUGUCAACAAAAUAUACGUAGAAAUUUAUGACGAAUGCUCUUUCACAAUGGAUGAAUUGAUUGCAUGGGGUCACAUAGAUAUUCCAAGUCAAGUCAUUGAGAAAGGUACAACUUAUGAAGACUGGUACUUACUCAGUGGAAAGCAGGGAGACAAUCUAGAGGGUUCUAUUAAUUUAGUUUUAAGUUACCACGCGAGAAACCCAAAGGCCUAUAUGGAGAUGCGUCCACCCGUUGUGAUGGUGCCAUCAACAAAUAUGGUUGGAAGUAUUCAACCAUUUGCACCAGUAAAUGUUUAUACUGCACCUCCAGUCAAUCCUGUGCCACCUGUUCCUGCAAGUUCUUUACCAAAUGCUGAAGUCGAAUUGAAACAGAUUUCGGAAAUGUUUCCAAAUAUCGAUAAGGAAGUAAUAAAAUCAGUUUAUGACGCGAACAACGGUAAGAAAGACACAACAAUCAAUUCACUUCUUCAAAUGGUCGAAUAAAGAUAUCUUGCUACUUCAAAAAAUCAACCAAAUCUCGCGCUUAGCGUAUAAUCGCCAAUGCCAUAUUUGUAAUGUUUUUGCUGUAAAAGUAUUAUUUGCAAUCAAGAUGUAAUAUAUUUGCACAUUAUUAUGACUUUCA